GGGGAAUUCAUAAGCCAAUUUUACAAUUUGAGGUACCACUGGUAAUACCAUUUGCCGCUGAGGAUUGUUGCCUGUAUUGGUGAAAGGACGGAGAAACAAAGAAAACAAUGUUUCUCAAAGCGCAGCUGCCUUGGAAUGUCAUACUUUCCCCAGAAAGCCUAGAAAAAGGUGGUCUGAUGCUCCAACGGUCAAUAAUCAUCCGCCUUCUGGAUGACUUUGCUGUGAAAAAGGCAACUAAAGAUCUGGGGUACUAUCUUGCUGUGACCACACUGGAGAGGAUAGGAGAAGGAAAAGUGAGGCAGCAUACUGGGGAUGUGCUUUUUCCUGUUGUUUUUAGUGCUCUUACUUUCAAGAUCUGCAAGGGAGAGAUCUUGCAGGGUGUAGUCCACAAGGUUUUGAAGCACGGGGUUUUCUUGAGGUGCGGACCUGUUGAGAGUCUGUAUCUCUCAAAUGUGAAGAUGCCUGACUACCGCUAUGUCCCCGGUGAAAACCCUUACUUCUUGAAUGAUAAAAUGUCCAAGAUUGGAAAAGAUGUUGUGGUUCGCGUUGUUGUUAUUGGGACAAAGUGGCUGGAGGCACAGAGGGAAUUUCAGGCACUGGUCAGUUUGGAAGGGGAUUAUCUAGGGCCCGUUUCUUCUGAAAUUUAGCCAUGUGGACAAAACACAACACUACGUAAAAGGUUUCUUGGUUUUUGUUGUUAGGCUGUCCAAUCAAAACAUAACGUCCCCCCCCCCCCGGGGGUAUGUAGUUAGUGCUUAGUUAUGCGGUGUUGAACCUUAAAAGAGCCCUCUUGUUAUGUCCAUAAUUUGUUAGCAAACAAUUGAAGACUAGAAGCUGAGCUUGCCCCUUGUUGUGUAUUUGUUGUCUAGAUUAGUACUGACCAGGUAGCGGGAUUGUCUUCUGUCUUGUCUAUAUGCACUGAUUAAGAAGCCUUUGAACCAUAAUUAUGGUCCGUACGUUCGUGUUG